UAAAUUCUAUCAUGUGACCUGCCCUCCCACUGUGCCAACAUGGCGACGCCCAGGUCCUAAUCCGGGAAACGUGCACCCAGGCUAAUACGGUCCUGGACGCCGGGAGCGAAGGCUUGGCAGGGAGAGGCUCCCGCGGAUGCCCCGUGCGAGAAUCGGUCUGUGGCUAAGUCUAACUCUCCGCUCCACGCGCAGUCUCUGUAGAACCGGGUUUAUGGAGGGGCAGCCGCAAGGGCCGCCGAAUCCAGCCGGCAUGGAGAACGGCACCGAGCCCUGCGGAGAAGAGCGAGCAUCCGAGGCUCAGGAGACGACGGUCACCGAGGGGGCCGCCAAGAUAGCCUUCCCCAGCGCCAACGAAGUCUUCUACAACCCGGUGCAAGAGUUCAACCGGGACCUGACAUGUGCCGUGAUCACCGAGUUUGCUCGCAUUCAGCUUGGGGCCAAAGGAAUCCAGAUCAAGGUGCCAGGUGAGAAGGACGUGCAAAAGGUGGUCGUGGACUUGUCAGAGCAAGAGGAGGAAAAGGCUGAACUGAAAAAGGGUGCAAACCUGGCCCCGGGAGACCAACCUCGAACGGCUGCCGUUGGGGAGAUCUGCGAGGAAGGCCUUCGAGUGCUAGAGGGUCUGGCAGCCUCGGGCCUACGUUCCAUUCGCUUUGCACGAGAGGUGCCUGGACUCCGGUCUGUAGUUGCCAACGAUGCCUCUGCCCGAGCCGUGGAUCUCAUGUGCCGUAAUGUGCAGCUCAACGCUGUGGCCCACCUGGUACAUCCCAGGCAGGCCGAUGCCAGGAUGCUGAUGUACCAGCACCAGAGGGCAUCAGAGCGGUUUGACGUCAUCGACCUGGACCCGUAUGGCAGCCCCGCCCCCUUCUUGGAUGCAGCCGUGCAGGCUGUGAGCGAAGGAGGUCUGCUGUGCGUCACCUGCACCGACAUGGCAGUGCUGGCGGGGAACAGCGGGGAGACCUGUUACAGCAAGUACGGGGCCAUGGCCCUCAAGAGCCGGGCCUGCCAUGAGAUGGCCCUGAGGAUCGUCCUGCAUAGCCUGGACCUGCGAGCCAACUGCUACCAGCGCUUUGUGGUGCCACUGCUCAGCGUCAGCGCUGACUUCUACGUGAGAGUUUUUGUCCGCGUCUUCACCGGCCAGGCCAAAGUCAAGGCCUCAGCCAGCAAGCAGGCACUGGUGUUCCAGUGUGUGGGCUGCGGGACCUUUCACCUCCAGCGCCUUGGCAAAGCGUCCGGAGCCUCUGGCGGCCGGGUCAAGUUCUCUGCGGCCUGUGGUCCCCCGAUCAGCCCUGAGUGUGAGCACUGUGGGCAGCGACACCAGCUUGGCGGUCCCCUGUGGGCGGAGCCCAUCCACGACCUGGACUUCGUGGGGCGCGUGCUGCAGGCCGUGAGCACCAAUCCUGGCCGCUUCCACACCUCGGAGCGAAUCCAGGGGGUCCUGAGCGUCAUCACUGAGGAGCUCCCGGACGUGCCUCUCUACUACACGCUGGACCAGCUGAGCAGCACCAUCCGCUGCAACACGCCCAGCCUCCUGCAGCUGCGGUCAGCCCUCCUCCAUGCUGGCUUCCGGGUCUCACUCUCCCACGCCUGUAAGAAUGCCGUGAAGACGGAUGCCCCCUCCUCAGCCCUCUGGGACAUCAUGCGCUGCUGGGAAAAGGAGUGUCCGGUGAAGCGGGAAAGGCUGUCAGAGGCCAGCCCUGCGUUCCGUAUUCUCAGCGUGGAGCCCAGACACAUGCUCAUUCAAGUGAGAUCCAGAAUCUUCCCGCUUCCCCUCCCCUUCUGCCCCUGCCCUGGUCUGGCCCCAUCACUGCCCAGCUGGACCAGUGUUGCUGGCUCCGCCCUGGUCCACCACCCCCCCCCCCCACCUCCGGCCCCCCAGCCUCUUCCCACAGCAGCCACAGUACAUCGGUGAGGACCAGAGUCAGACCUGUCCACCCUCUGUAUAGAAGCCCCUGUGACUCCCACCUCACUCAUUAGAAACCCAAGUUCUGCCUGCAAGCUAUGCACCAUCACCUUCAUCCCCACUCUCCCUAUCUCCUUCCAUACUGGGCCUCCUCACUCACACUGCCCAGACGCAGCGCCCCCUUAGGGCCUUUAUAAGGGCUGCUCUCUGUGCCUGGAGUGCCCAUCCCGGGUCCCCUGAAGGCUCUUCCCUCCCUCCUUCAGGUGUCUCUGACCGCUCUGUCCUGUCCUGCGCCCCUUCCCCCGCCUCCCCAUUCCCUUUGUCCUGCUCUGUUUUUCUCAAAACUCUCAUCCGUGCCCUAACACGAUACACUUCACUCACCUCUGAUCUGUCCCAUCGUCUCCCGCACUGGAACGUCGGCCUUACCAAUGGCAGAUCUUAGGCUCGUGGGGGGCCCUGGAUACAUGUUCAUUAACUGGAUGAGAAUCCCGACCCGGGCGGACACGGCCUUCCCAAGGCACGUGGAGCUGCACGGGGGUUGGCAGGUGGUCCGUGCACACCUGCCGGGCACCUGCCCCUCAGCCCCCACU